AUGGCUCCAACACAGGCGUCUGCGCGCCCUCAAAGUCUACCGACAUUGCUCGAGAUUCUGAAUAAUUGUCUGUCGACAACUGCCUCCUCUCUACCCAAGCCACACAAGGAUGCGCCCUCCGAUGUCACGAUCGAGCCUCCCAAAGACGGCAUUUCUCUCCUCGACACCAAGAGCGAAAUCCUUCUUUCCUACUUGCAAAAUCUCAGCCAAUAUACAGACAACUCCCUCGAAGAUGACAUUCGCAAGAAAUUGAUUGAGCUUCGGGUAUUCCUCGAGCGUGGUGUCCGUCCUUUGGAAGGACGAUUGAAGUACCAGAUAGACAAGGUCAUCAAAGCUGCAGAGGAUGCGGAGCGGACAGAGAAGGCUCAGCCGACCAAGACGAAGAAAAGCCGCAAAGCUACGACAUCAGGCAGCGAAGCAUCAUCGGAUGAAGACGAAGAUGUAAGCGGUAGCGAGAAUGAGGAGGACAUCGAUGAAAUGGCGUACCGACCCAAUGUCUCUGCCUUCUCCAAGGGAGUGGCCGAGCAGAAGAAGGCCCGUCCCUCUAAGGGUGCUGUCGAGGGACCCGGAGACGGCAUUUAUCGCCCCCCGAGGAUCAUGCCAACUUCCUUGCCUACGACAGAGCGUCGCGAACGCCAGGACCGCAGACCCAUUAGAUCCAACGUCAUCGACGAAUUUGUCAGCGCUGAAAUGUCGUCUGCACCCAUGGCUGAGCCCAGUAUCGGCAGCACAAUCAUUGAUGGUGGCCGAACGGUCAAGUCAAAGAAGGACCGAGAGCGCGAGGCAGAGCGUACCACCUACGAAGAGACCAACUUUGUCCGAUUGCCGAAGGAGACAAAGAAGGAAUUGGCGAAACGGGGUCGCGGAAAGGAUACCACGUACGGUGGUGAUGAAUGGAAGGGGCUUAAUGAAGGCGCGGAUAACAUCGAACGUCUUACCCGGAGAUCCAAAAGCAACGGAGCCGCACUCGAGAAGAGUCGGAAGCGAGUCCGCAACGAGGACGGGCAACGCGGUGAUGGUGUCGGCAUGGGCCAGAUUUUCGACAAGCGACGAAAGAAGGUUGACAGCUGGAAGCGGUAA